AUGGCCGCCAACAAGCAGGGCAAGAUGCAAAACCUCAUCAACUACCGCAUGAGAGUGACCCUUAACGAUGGUCGCCAAAUGACCGGUCAGAUGCUGGCCUUUGAUAAGGUCCGUCAAUUACCUACCAUUGCCCCGGACCCAGCUAAUUUUAUGGUUACUCUCCAGCACAUGAACCUCGUUCUCGCCGACACAGAAGAAUUCCGCCGUAUCAAGCGCAAAGGAAAGGCCGCUGGCCCCGCGAACACCCCGCUGGUCGAGGCGGAGGAGAAGCGAACUCUCGGUCUGACUAUCGUGCGCGGCGCCCAAGUCGUCUCUUGCUCCGUCGAUGGCCCUCCCCCAGCCGAUCCCUCUGCACGUCUCGGCAACGCCGGUGCCGGCGCCGCGGGUGCUGCCGCUACUCUCGCUGCAGGCCCUGGUAUCAGCAAGCCCGCUGGUCGUGGCCUGCCCGUUGGUCUUGGUGGUCCCGCUGCUGGUGUGGGUGGCCCCCCUCCUCCAGGUGGCUUCGGAGGCUUCCCUCCUGGUGGAUUCCCUGGUGCUCCCCCUCCUGGGUUCGCUGGUCGUGGAGGACCCCCUGGUGGUGGACCUCCUGGCUUCGCUCCUCCCCCUGGAUUCGCUCCCCCAGGCGCUCCUCCUGGUGGCGCUUUCCAACCCCCUCCAGGCUUCCAGCCUCCUGGCCAGGGACGGGGAUACCCCCCUCCCGGAUUCGGUGGUCGAUGA